AUGGAGACUCCUACGCCGGGUGCCACCGCUCAGUCACGAUUUUCGGACUAUUUUUCAGCACACCACCGGGAUAGCAGCUUCAAUUCAGCCGCGAGCUCUCAUGAUCCCCGUCGAUCACUAGUUCCCGGCGUCCGUCGCUAUCCAACUCGAAAGAUCAAGCUUGUUCAGGGCUACGUGUUAAGCAUCGAUUACCCAGUUCCGAGCGCCAUUCAAAAUGCAGUUCAAAAGAAGUACCGAGAUGGAGAGUUCGCUGAAGAAUUUAGCCAGCUACGUUACACCGCUGCCACCUGUGACCCGGACGAAUUCGUUAUGAGAAAUGGAUACAACCUCCGCCCAAUGAUGUACAAUCGGCAUACCGAACUCCUUAUCGCGGUCACCUAUCAAAGCCAGAACAAGGUUCUCACGGCUCGGACAUUGCACGGAGUUAUGCAGAACAUUCGCGACAUAUGCAAUCUCAAGAAAUCGAAGUUCUGGAACCAAGGAGGCCCAGCUUGGCAGAAGAUUGUUGUCUGCCUCGUCUUCGACGGAAUUGAUCCUUGCAAUCAAAACACCCUAGACGUGUUGGCUACGAUCGGCAUCUACCAAGAUGGUAUCAUGAAGCGAUCGGUUGACGGCAGGGACACAACCGCGCAUAUAUUCGAAUAUACCACACAACUCUCCGUCACCCCGAACCAGGAUUUAAUCCGUCCCCAAGGAGACGAGCCCACCAAUUUCCCGCCUGUUCAGAUGAUAUUCUGCUUGAAACAGGAGACCACCAAUAAGAUUAAUUCGCACCGCUGGAUCUUUAACGCAUUUUCUCGCAUGCUGAACCCUGAAGUGGUAGUUCUGCUCGAUGCUGGCACGAAGCCUGGCAAGGAAUCUCUGCUUGCGCUGUGGCAAUCGUUUUAUAACGAUAAAAACCUUGGUGGAGCUUGCGGCGAAGUUCAUGCCUUCCGGGAGACGAAAAGCCUUCUCAACCCUUACGUUGCCGCUCAAGAUUUCGAUUUGAAACAGGCUAGUAUCCUCGAAAAGCCUUUGGAGAGUGUGUUUGGAAACGUUUCACUAGGCGACUUCUCUGCAUACAGGUACCGGGCCAUCAUGGGACGGCCACUGGAACAAUAUUUCAAGGGUGAUUUGACACUGUCAAGCAAACUUGGCAAAAAGGGUUUCGAAGCAAUGCCAAUUUUCAAGAAAAACAUGUUCUUGGCCGGAGAUCGUAUCUUGGGCUUUGAGCUUAUCGCUAAAGCUGGCUUUAAGUGGCAUUUGGCUCUUGUUAAGGGAGCAAGAGCGGAAGCUGAAGUUGCACAUGAUUUCGCAGACUUCAUCACCAACCGCCGUCACUGGCUGAAUGGUUCCCUUGCUGCAGACCUAUACACUAUCAUUCAUUUUGGUCGACUCUAUAGUAGCGGGCACAACAUUCUACAGCUUGCGCUUCUCCACUUUCAAAUGAUCUAUACCUUCACCCGCUUUGUGAUGAAGUGGUUUUCACUUGCCUCAUUUUGGAUGAUCACAUCUGUUCUUAUGGGCCUUGUGGGCACAGCUAAUGAUGCCAAUGACAACCGAGCAUGGCCAUUCGGCAAUGAAGCUUCUCCGAUUAUAAACAACUUCCUCAAAUACGGCUACGUGUUUUUCUUGGGCUUACAAUUCAUUUUGUCCCUUGGCAAUCGUCCAAAAGGGUCCCGCCUUGCCUACUCUCUCUCUUUCCUAUACUUCACUUUCAUCCAGUGCUAUGUUACAGUCCUAGCCUUCUAUAUGGUCCACCAGGCUACAUCACGAUUCACCUUCGACUCGGUGUUAUAUGAGGACGACAUGCUGGCGUCAACUUGGAACAAUCUGGGUUCAAGCAUGGUCUUGAUGAUUUUAGUUUGCACUUAUGGAGUACACUUGAUCUCCAGUGUCCUCUACACGGACCCGUGGCACUGCUUAACAUCUGCUUGGGCAUACUUUGCAGGAACAACUUGCGCAUCAAACAUGUUGAUGGUUUACGCUUUCUGCAAUUGGCACGAUGUCUCAAUCGGCAAGAAGCCCGCGCCGAAAAAGUCAUCUUUACCCGAGGCUCAGACCCAGAAAGAUGACAAAAACAAAUUUAUCGAGGAGUUGGAUAGACCGCAGGCUGAUAUCGAUACUAUAUUCCAAGCCACAGUCAAGCGAGCUCUGGCUGUGUGGGCACCACCGCCCGAGGGGGAUGAAAUUGAUGUCCAAGACUUGUACAAGGGCUUUCGAACCUACCUGGUGUUGCUCUGGGUCUUCAGUAACCUUGCUAUGGUCCUUUGCAUCAUGAGCAAUGGAGACAGACAGCUUUGCCUGAGGGAGCUUCCUCAAUCGCGCAUCUGGAAUUACCUUUUGGCUACUCUGUGGGGAACGGUUGGGCUUUUUCUAUUCCGUUUCGCUGGAUCUAUGUGGUUCUUGGCUAAAGCCAGUGUUCUAUGCUGUGUCUCACGACGUUAG